AAACAGAAGUCUUUGUCACAAACAGACCAAGAUCCGACGUCCUCCGUGGCUGGGCUUGCUGGACUCUGCACCAUGAGAAAGAGAUUUCUAAGGUUGCUGCCAGAUUUACUUUAAGGACUUGCAUCAUGAGAUUGUGGAGGUUGGAAAGUCCAAAACCUGCUGGCAGGCUGGAAACCCAGGGAAGACUCGAUGUUGCAUCUCAAGUCUGAAGCCAGUCUGGAAGCAGAAUUCCCUCUUCCUCAGAGGGGGACUCUCAGUGCUGCUGUUGUUGCCAUUGGGAGCUGCAGCCCUGAGUCCCGGAGCCUCUGCCUCCACAGACUCUGCCCCUCCAGGCUGUGCCCCCUGGUGCCCUCGGAACUCCAUAUGUGUCAGUGCCACCGCCUGUCGCUGUCAUCUGGGAUUCACCUCCUGGUCUGGGGAGAUCAUCACCAACCCUGCAGACAGUUGUGACGACGUCAACGAGUGUGAACCACCCUUGGCCAUGUCCUGUGGAAAAUUCGCGGAUUGCCAGAAUGUGGACGGGAGCUACUACUGCACAUGUGCCCCCGGAUAUGGGCUUGUUUCUGGGGCAACAACGUUCAGAAACGAGAGUGAGAACACGUGUCAAGAUGUCGACGAGUGCAGCUCUGGUCAGUACCAGUGCCAUAACUCCACCGUCUGCGUCAACACCGCGGGCUCAUACAGGUGCCGCUGCCACCCAGGGUGGACACCCCUGCCGGGGCUCCGGGACAACCAAAACACCACCGUGUGCGAAGAGGUGUCCUUCCCCACCUGGACUCUGCCCCCCGGAAUCCAGAGCCAGGACCUCAUCCAGUCAGUGGACGAGCUGCUGAAAGCCCCCGGGGACCUGGAGACCCUGGCCCUGCCUGACCGGCACCACACGGUCACCCACCUGCUCUCGGGCCUGGAAGAAGUCCUGAGGACCCUCGCCAAGGCCGUGCCUGGAGGCUCCUUCACCUACCAGUCUCCUGAAGGCACAGAGCUGUCCCUGGUGAUCCAGGAGCAGGGGCACGGGAACGUCACCCUGGACCAUAGCCAUGCAUGGAUGGUCCUGGACUGGGCCGUGGCGGCUGGGGCUGCGGGGUCGGGCCCCGCCGUGGCAGGCAUCCUCUCCAACCCCAACAUGCAGAAACCACUGGCCAACGCCUCCCUGCAGCUGGACCCGGAGAGGCAAGCCGAGCUGGAGGAGAGCCACGACAGCCCCCUCCGCGGCAGCCAGUGGAGGCUCCUCUCGGCUGUCAAGUCAGUCUUUCUGAGCAACACGAACACGAUGAAACUCGACCCCAACGUCACCGUCAUCUUCUCCCACCGUCCAGAGACGCCUGGGCCACGGCAGGAGCUGAUCUGUGCCUUCCGGAAGCGAGCUGACGACAGGGACGGGCACUGGGCCACCACUGGGUGCCAGAGGCUGGGCAGCUGGAGCAGCAGCACCACCAGACAGGGCCUCUUGCCGGCAAAUAGCCCCAUUGACACAAUAGUGAACCACAAAGGUGUGGAGGAGGAGGAUCCCGUGCUGGAUGUGAUCACCCACGUAGGGCUGAGCCUCUCUCUGCUGUGCCUUCUCCUGGCGGCCCUCACCUUCCUGCUGUGCAGAGCCAUCCAGAACACCAGCACCUCCCUCCACCUGCAGCUCUCACUCUGCCUCUUCCUGGCCCACCUCCUCUUCCUCACAGCCGUCGACCGAACGGAGAUCAAGGUGCUGUGCGCCAUCAUCGCGGGUGCCUUACACUAUCUCUACCUGGCUUCCUUCACCUGGAUGCUGCUGGCGGGCCUGCACCUCUUCCUCACUGCGCGCAACCUGGCGGUGGUCAACUACUCCAGUGUGAGCAGGUUCAUGAAGAAGCUCAUGUUCCCUGUGGGCUACGGGGUCCCGGCCGUGAUCGUGGCCAUUUCUGCAGCAUCCAGGCCUCAUCUCUAUGGAACGUCAACCCACUGCUGGCUCCACUCAGAAAGUGGAUUUAUAUGGGGCUUCCUUGGACCAGUCUGUGCCAUCUGCUCUGUCAACUUUGUUUUCUUUCUGAUGACUCUCUGGAUGUUGAAAAGCAGACUCUCUUCCCUCAACAGUGAUGUGUCCACCCUGCAGGACACAAGGAUGCUGACUUUUAAAGCUACAGCUCAGCUCUUCAUCUUGGGAUGCACCUGGUGUCUGGGAAUCCUGCAGGUGGGUCCAGCUGCCCACGUCAUGGCCUACCUCUUUACCAUCAUCAACAGCCUGCAGGGCGUCUUCAUCUUCCUGGUGUACUGCCUCCUCAGCCAGCAGGUUCGGGAACAAUACGGGAAAUGGUUCAAAAUGGUCAGGAAACCCAAAGCUGAGUCUGAGACUUUCACGCUUUCCAGCAGGGCCAUGUCUGAUGGCUCCAAACCCAUCACAGUAUGAUCAUGCGUUGCUCCCAGAAUACUUCACCAACUGAUCUGCCCGAGCAGCCCAUACCUAUCACACUGGACAACCUGGGUGAACAGCAGAUGAUGCCCUAGGCUGGCUCACGUUUGACUUACUCCUGGACUCAUUAACCAUUAGCAGUGGUCUCAGUUUAAAAGUUUAUUUUAAUAAACAUAUUUUGCUUAGGGAA